GAUUCCCGGUACUCUGUGUCGGAGCUUCUCGAGGUCUGGAGGUCUGGUUCUACAGGACUGGUUCUACACGGAGUGAACUGGUUUCUCGCCUGUAAGAUCAAACAUGACGCAGCUUCAGCUCGCGCUGCUUCUCGUCCUACAGGUGUGCACCUGUGCUCAGGAGGGCGGGGCCUCUGUGGGCGGAGAACUGGAUGAUGUCAUCCUCCCGGAGCUCGGUGACGUUUGCACUGAAGGCAGCUGUUACCCAGCAACAGGAGACCUUCUGAUUGGCCGAGCCCACCAGCUGUCGUCCACCUCUACCUGUGGUCUGAGGCGCCCUGAACCGUUCUGCAUCGUCAGCCACCUGCAGGAAGAGAAGAAGUGUUUUGCCUGCGACUCAGCGGCGCUCUAUGACGAGCUGGCUGAUCAGACACACAGCCAUCGUGUCGAGAAUGUCGUGACUACGUUUGCUCCGAACAGACUGAAGACGUGGUGGCAGUCUGAAAACGGUCAGGAGAACGUCACAAUUCAGCUGGAUCUGGAGGCAGAGUUCCACUUCACUCACCUCAUCAUGACCUUCAAGACGUUUCGUCCUGCUGCCAUGGUGAUUGAGCGAUCAGCGGACUUCGGGAAGACGUGGAACGUUUAUCGUUAUUUCGCGUACGACUGCGAAACAUCUUUUUCCUCCAUUUCCCGCGGUCCAAUGCAGAAGGUUGAUGAUGUCAUGUGUGACUCACGUUACUCCGACAUUGAGCCAUCCACUGAGGGAGAGGUUAUUUUCCGAGUUCUGGAUCCGGUGUUCAGGAUCAACGACCCUUACAGCGCUAAAAUCCAGAACAUGUUAAAGAUCACUAACCUGCGAGUGAAGCUCACCAAGCUGCACACACUUGGAGACAAUCUACUGGACUCUCGUAUGGAGAUCAAAGAGAAGUAUUACUACGCCAUCUACGACAUGGUCGUCCGAGGAAACUGCUUCUGCUAUGGACACGCCUCUGAGUGUGCCCCCAUCCACGAUGAUGGACAGACCCGGGAAGACAUGGUUCAUGGUCACUGCAGGUGUAACCACAACACUAAAGGUCUGAACUGUGAACUGUGUCAGGAUUUCUACCACGAUCUUCCCUGGGGACCAGCAGAGGGCCGCAAUACUAACGCCUGCAAGAAGUGUAACUGUAACCAGCACUCUGACUCAUGCCACUUCGACAUGGCCGUGUUCGUGGCUUCGGGAAAUGUCAGCGGGGGGGUCUGUGACGACUGUCAGCACAACACAGCUGGACACAACUGUGAGCAGUGUAAACCGUUCUACUACCAACAUCCAGAGAGAGAUGUGAGGGACCCCAACAUCUGCCAUCCCUGUAGCUGUGACCCUGUGGGUUCUUUGAAUGGGGGAUCAUGUGACCAGAUGACCGAUGUGAGGACCGGUCUUAUCGCCGGUCAGUGUCGCUGUAAAGUCAACGUGGAGGGAGAGCGCUGCGAGCGCUGCAAACAGGCGCAUCACGGACUGAGUGACACACCGGACGGGUGUUCAGCAUGUACCUGCAGCCCUGUAGGAACAGUUCCAGGAGGAAAUCCCUGUGACAGUGAAACAGGAAGUUGUUUCUGUAAACGUCUGGUGAUUGGCAGAGACUGUGACCAGUGUGUGUUGGAGCACUGGGGCCUCAGUAAUGAUAUGGACGGCUGCAGACCAUGUGACUGUGACCUCGGAGGAGCAUUCAACAACCAGUGCGAUCAGGGCUCUGGUCAGUGCAGCUGCAGAGAUCACAUGUUUGGUCGUCGCUGCGAUCAGGUGGAGUCUGGAUUUUACUUCAUCGCUCUGGAUCACUACACCUUCGAGGCCGAAGACGCCAAUCUUGGACCCGGGGUGAUGGUGGUGCCGAGGCCCCACCCUCAGGACCGCAGUCCCACCUGGACGGGCGUUGGCCUGGUCAAUGUCCCUGAGGGGGCCUUCCUGGAGUUUUCAGUGGAGAACAUCCCUCACUCCAUGGAGUAUGACAUCAUCAUCCGCUAUGAACCGCAGCUGCCUGACCAAUGGGAGGAAGUUCUGAUGACAGUGAUGAGGCCUGGGCCAAUCACAGCAGACAGCCGCUGUAUUAAUACUGUACCUGAUGAGGACAACCAGAUGAUUUCACUUCAUCCUGGCUCACGGUAUGUGGUUCUCCCCAGACCAGUUUGUUUUGAAUCUCAUCUGAACUACACCGUGCGCCUCAGUCUGCCUCGGUACUCAGCCGUCAGUGACGUCCAGUCUCCGUACACACUCAUCGACUCGAUCGUGUUGAUGCCGCACUGUAAAAACCUGGAGAUCUUCACAGCCUCCGAGGGAGGAGACUCCAGUGGAAACAGCGGCUGGGAUAUUUUCCAGCGUUAUCGUUGUUUAGAAAAUAGCCAGAGCGUUGUCAAGACACCAAUGACAGAUAUCUGCAGAAACUUCAUCUUCAGCAUCUCCGCCAUGUUGCACCAGGGAGCUAGAGAAUGCCAGUGUGACCUUCAGGGCUCCCUCAGCACCGUGUGUGUCCCCAGUGGGGGUCAAUGUCAGUGUCGCCCCCAUGUGGUCGGAAGAAACUGUGACAUUUGUGCUCCGGCCACAUUCCAGUUCGGACCCAACGGCUGCAGAGAAUGUGCAUGUGACCCUCAAGGUUCACAGAAUCCAUUUUGUGAUCAGCUCAGCGGUCAGUGUGUCUGCGCUGCCGGUGCGUAUGGUCGACAGUGUGAUCGCUGCCUGCCGGGUCACUGGGGGUUUCCUACCUGUCGGACCUGCCCAUGCAAUGGCCACGCUGACGACUGCGACCCCAACACUGGAUCCUGCAUCAGCUGCAGGGACCACAGCACUGGACACAGCUGUGACAGGUGUCUAGACGGCUUCUAUGGUGACCCCAUGCUGGGGUCAGGUGACCACUGUCGGCCCUGCAUGUGUCCCGAUGGCCCCAGCAGCCGGCGGCAGUUUGCAGGAAGCUGUUACCGAAGUGACGACUCCCAGCAGGCGAUCUGUGUCUGCAGCACCGGAUACAGAGGUGCUCGCUGCGAUGGGUGCUCACCUGGUUACUAUGGAAACCCUGAUGAGGUGGGGGGGCAGUGUCGACCGUGUCAGUGCAACAACAACAUCGACAUGUCGGAACCGGGGUCAUGUGACGCUCAGACCGGCGAGUGUCUGCUCUGCCGGUUCCACAGCGAGGGCGUCGCCUGCCAGAGCUGCAAACUGGGUUACUAUGGCAACGCGCUGCUGCAGGACUGCAGAAAGUGUGUUUGUAACAAGCUCGGCAGCGACAGCUCCAGCUGUGCGUCCGGUGACUGUCACUGUGACGGCAGCAGCGGUCAGUGUCACUGUCUCUUGAACGUGAUUGGUCAACACUGCGACCGCUGUGCCCCGGACACCUGGAACAUGGCGAGCGGCCGCGGCUGUCAGCUCUGCGACUGUGAAUCCGAACACUCGUACGGGACGUCCUGCAACGAGAUCAGUGGUCAGUGUUCCUGUCGCCCCGGCUUCGGAGGGAGAACCUGCAGCGAGUGUCGAGAGCUGUUCUGGGGAGAUCCAGAGGUCAAAUGUCACGGCUGUGACUGCGACCCUCGUGGCGUCUCUGAACAUCAGUGUAACAAAGUCAGUGGUCACUGCGUCUGUGUGGAGGGCGUGGCCGGACCACGUUGUGACACGUGCGCACGUGGAUUCUCAGGAAUUUUCCCAGACUGCCUCCGCUGCCACCGUUGCUUUGCUGAAUGGGACAAUGUCAUCGGUCAGGUGACCAAUCAGACACACCGCCUUGUUAACAAGGUCAAUGCCCUCAAAGCAAGUGGAGUGAGCGGACCGUACAGGAAGUCCAUCGACAACAUCGAGAGGAGCGCCGCGGACAUCUGGGUCCUCCUGAACCAGAACCCAGCUUCACAACCGCUCACUGAGAUCCAGCACCUGCUCCAACAGGCCAGUGACCUGAUGAAGGCCCUGAGCCAGAUGUUGAGCCACACAGAACAGACUCUGGUCGAGGCAGAGGAACGGGACUCGGCUGCAGAAUCUAAACUGGACUCUGUGACAUCAGACGCUCAGAAACUGGAGCGCACGGUUCAGGAGCUGCUGGAUCAAGUGGAGUUCAUCAAAAACUCUGACAUCACAGGGGCGACGGCCAGCAUCACAAAGUACUUCCUGGUUUCUGAGGCGGCUGAAGCUCGAGCCAACUCCUCCACCAUCGAUGCUGGAAGCCCUGUGGAGACCUCUGCCGCGCUACGGCAGCUCACAGAGGACAAACUGAACCAAACCAGGGAGGAGUUCCUGAGGAGGCACACGGAGCAUGCUCAGAAACUGGAUGACCUGGCUGGAGAGCUGCAGACUCUGGACCUAUCAGAGAUCAGCCAUAAGACAUGUGGCAGUCCAUUAGCGGAUCAGGAUUUGUGCACCAGCUGUGGCGGCGAAGGAUGUGACGGCGUGGUUAUGACGGCCAACGCUGCGUGGAGGAAGACUCAAGAGUCAGAACAGGAAAUUACCAGUGCCUUCGGGGAAGUGGAAAAACUGUCUAAGAUGGUGUCAGAAGUCAAACUGAAGGCAGAUGAAGCGAAACUGAGCGCUCAGGACGUCCUGAUGAAGACCAACAGAACCAAACACAAAGUGGACCAGAGUAACGAGGAGCUGAGAAGUCUCAUCAGACAGAUCAGAGACUUUUUAACACAGGAUGCCGCAGACCUAGAGAGCAUCGAGCUGGUGGCUAACGAGGUUCUAGCGAUGCAGAUGCCGACUACGCCAGCACAGCUGCAAAACCUCACAGAAGAGAUCCGACAGAAGGUGGGAGAGCUGGGACAUGUGGAGACCAUACUGCAGCAGAGUACUGACAACAUCCAGAGAGCUGAGAACCUGCUGGACCAGGCCCGUCGCGCCAGCGAGGAGGCAGCUGAGGUGAAGGACUCUGCAGAGAAGAUGAAGAAAGCUCUGGAAGAAGCUCGGAGAGCUCAGAGCGCAGCCAGCAGCGCCAUCCAGCAGGCGGCCGCCGACAUCCAGAACACCAACACCCUGCUGGCCACGGUGCAGUCAGAGACAACAGAAGCAGAACUGAAGCUGAACAACGCCACCAACAGGCUGCAGAGGCUGGAGCAGGGCGUCACAUUACUAAUACACAAAGCUGUGAACGUCACUAUGAGCUCUGAACAGACCAAUCAGGAUGCAGAAAGCAUCACAAAGAUAGCAGAGGAGGUGAAGAAGGACCUGGAGUCCGACCUGAAGGAUAAGUACGCCACAGUGGGGCAGCUGAUCGAUAACAAGGCAGGGGGUGUGGCUAAUGCCAAGAAGAGGGCGGUGUCACUGCAACAGGAAGCCAAACAGUUGUUGUUGCAGGCCAGCGACAAGCUGCAGCUGCUGAAAGAUCUGGAGAAGUCAUACAACGAAAACCAACAGACUCUGGAGGUGAAGGCUGAGCUGCUGGUGGAAAUGGAGGCUGCUGUUAAAGAGCUGCUUCAAGAGAUCAGCCACAAGGUCACCGUCUACAGUACCUGUCUGUUCUAGGGUCAAAGGUCAAGUUGAGAGUCCAUCUGAGCUGAAUUAAAGCAAUAUGAUAACUAUUUUAAACCUGCUUGAGAUGUGGAUCACACAGACCAAACAUUUCAGAGAUAAGAAAUAACAAACAUUUAGCCGUUUUCUAUUGAAUUCAUUAGAAUAAAUAAAUUAGGAAGAUAAAUUUAAUUGAAUUUGAAUUUCAGGUCAUUUACAAAAUCAAAAAUUCAUCAAACUGAAUAAAUGUUAUCUGUUCAAUUUCCUUGUGGAUGUAAUAAAGUUGAUUUAACCAAAAGCCCAGUUUCAGUUUACUCAUUUUGUAUACAAUUUUUGAAAUUGGUAAUGAUUCAAUGUUUUGGAAUUUUCUUU